CUCCAGGCCGGCUAGAACUGAGGUCUCGGGUUCGAGUCCGCCUUUUCACUUUGUGUCAGACUCUGCGAGGGUGGGAGAAGGGAUUUGGGUCGAGACACUCGGCCCCGGCCCCCUGGCGGCUGGGGGGACCCCGGAAUCCCAUCGAAGUGGCGGGUCACUUCCUGCUUCCUGGUCCCCACGGUGGCUUCGUGGCCGGGACUGCGGGUGCAAAGAAAGAAAAUUGAAGUCAAAGACCAUGGGAGAUGCAGCAAAACCUUAUAUUGUGAAGCGCAGUAAAGAUCGAGGACCUGUUGAUGAUGAUGAUUUCAGAAGGGGUCACCCCCAACAAGAUUAUUUAAUAAUGGAUGAUUAUGCUAAAGGCCAUAGCAGUGAAAUGGAAAAAGGCCUUCCGAAAAAAAAGCUAACUCCUGGGAACUAUGGGAAUACCGCGAGAAAAGGAUCAUACGCUGUUUCCAGCAAUCCAUAUGCAUUUAAAAACCCAAUUUACAGUCAGCCCACUUGGAUGAAUGACAACCACAAAGAUCAGAAUAAGAGGUGGCUAUCUGAUGAACUUACUGGUAAUUCAGACAAUUGGAGAGAGUUUAAACCUGGACCUAGAAUUCCUAUCAUAAGCAGACCAAGGAAAGAUGCCUUUCAAGAAAGUGAAGAUGGUUACAGGUGGCAAGAUGGAAGAGGCUGCAGAACUGUAAGAAGACUGUUUCAUAAAGACCUAACAAGCCUAGAGGCCAUGUCAGAAAUGGAAGCAGGAAGUCCUGAAAACAAGAAGCAGCGGUCCAGACCCAGGAAACCAAGGAGGACUAGAAAUGAGGAAAAUGAACAGGAUGGAGAGUUGGAAGGCCCUGUGAUUGACGAGUCUGUGCUUUCGACAAAGGAGCUACUGGGCUUACAGCAGGCUGAGGAGCGUUUGAGGAGAGACUGCAUUGACAGACUAAAAAGGCGACCACGAAACUGCCCUACAGCAAAAUACACCUGCAAACUCUGUGAUGUUUUAAUUGAAUCCAUUGCAUUUGCUCAUAAGCAUAUCAAAGAGAAGAGGCACAAGAAAAACAUUAAGGAGAAGCAGGAGGAAGAGUUGCUCACUACGUUACCCCCGCCAACACCCUCCCAGAUAAAUGCAAUUGGCAUUGCCAUUGACAAAGUGGUACAGGAGUUUGGCUUACACAAUGAGAAUUUGGAACAGAGGCUAGAAAUCAAAUGUAUCAUGGAAAAUGUGUUCCAGCACAAGUUACCAGAUUGUUCUCUAAGAUUAUAUGGGUCUUCCUGUAGCAGAUUGGGUUUCAAAAAUUCGGAUGUAAACAUUGACAUUCAAUUUCCAGCCAUUAUGUCUCAGCCAGAUGUCCUCUUAAUUGUUCAAGAAUGUUUAAAGAACAGUGACUCCUUUAUUGAUGUUGACGCAGAUUUCCAUGCAAGGGUACCGGUGGUAGUAUGCAGAGAAAAGCAAAGUGGUCUUCUUUGUAAAGUGAGUGCAGGAAAUGAAAAUGCUUGUCUGACAACAAAGCACUUAACUGCACUCGGAAAACUAGAACCAAAGCUGGUUCCUUUGGUGAUUGCAUUUAGGUACUGGGCAAAGCUUUGCAGUAUAGAUCGCCCUGAGGAAGGAGGCCUGCCACCUUACGUGUUUGCCCUUAUGGCCAUUUAUUUUCUUCAACAGAGGAAAGAACCUCUUCUGCCAGUUUAUCUAGGCUCAUGGAUUGAAGGAUUCUCAUUAAACAAACUUACGAACUUCAACCUUAAAGACGUUGAGAAAGAUUUUGUGGUCUGGGAAUACACUGAUAAUGUUGGGGAUACAAACACAGCAAAAGAAGAGUCACCAAAAGAAAGGCCAAUUAAAAGGGGGCAGGUAUCAUUAAUAUUUGAUACAAAACACCAGCCUUCAGUACCAGUUGGGCAGCUCUGGGUGGAACUGCUGCGAUUCUAUGCUUUAGAAUUUAAUUUGGCUGAUUUAGUGAUCAGUAUCCGUGUCAAAGAAUCAAUAUCUCGAGAAUCAAAGGAUUGGCCCAAAAAGCGCAUUGCCAUUGAAGAUCCCUACUCUGUUAAAAGAAAUGUGGCAAGGACCCUAAAUAAUCAACCUGUGUUUGAAUAUAUACUUCACUGUUUAAGAACGACAUAUAAAUAUUUUGCUCUUCCACACAAACUUGCAAAAUCCAGCCUUCCAAAGCCUCUGAGCACAGUUACGUGUAUUUCAGAACAUUUUAAAGAAGUAAUAAAUCAUGAUCCAGAUGUGCAAACAAAAGACGAUAAGCUCAACAAUUCAGUUUUGGCUCAAGGCCCUGGUGCUACUACCAUUUCAACUGAAAAUGCUUGCAAGGCACAGCCACUUUCUCUUAAAGAGACUGCUGAAAGCUGUGGAAGCCCACCAGCUGAGGAAAUUGGAAAUGUACACAUCAGGAAAUGCACACAUUUAGGAAACUCUGGCUGUAUCCAGGCAGAAGUCAAUUGUGAUAAUUAUGAGGAUAUUAAAGUACACCAUCAAGAAACAGGAAGUAAAGAUGAGAAAGAGAAAAUCAGAAAGAAGGGAAAGCAUCCUUUGACUGCUGAUGACCCCAGUAUAAGCAGUAAUGAGUGUGGAGAACUUACAAUUGGCAGCAGCCCAUGUAAUUAUGAGACAGAUAGCAUUUUGAAUUUAGAAGGCCUCCAAAAUCCUACAGCCAAAGUGUGUGAUGGAUUUGCUACUUUUGAUGACAAGAUUGAUCUUGAUGAAGAAAGUGUAGAAGGUACUGAUGAGCUAGAAGACUCUUUAAACCACUUUGUCCCUUUAGUCCAGUGUCAAACAUCUGAAAUCAUUCACUUUGAUGAAGAAGAGGAGGAAGAUGAAGAGGAGGAGGAAGAACCCAGGCUCACCAUUAACCAAAGGGAAGAUGAGGAUGGCAUUGCUAAUGAAGAUGAGCUGGACAAUACCUAUACUGGAUCAGGUGAUGAAGAUGCUCUUUCUGAAGAGGAUGAUGAAUUAGUUCAGCCGGCUAAAUAUGAAGACUUGAAAGAAUGUGAAAAAAAUGUAGAUGGCGCCCUACUUACGGAACUUAAUAAAAUAAAUCUUAAAGAAGAAAAUAUAUGUGAGGAAAAUUCACCAGUGGACCAGUCUGAUUUCUUCUAUGAAUUUAGUAAACUUAUCUUCACCAAAGGCAAGUCUCCCACAGUUGUGUGCAGCUUGUGCAAACGAGAGGGUCAUCUAAAGAAGGACUGUCCUGAAGACUUCAAAAGAAUCCAGCUGGAACCUUUGCCACCACUAACACCCAAGUUUUCAAAUAUCUUAGAUCAAGUUUGUUUCCAGUGUUACAAGGAUUUUUCUCCAACUGUUUUAGAAGAUCAGGCUCGUGAACAUAUCCGGCAAAACUUAGAAAGUUUCAUAAAACAGGACUUUCCAGGAACUAAAUUGAGCUUGUUUGGCUCCUCCAAAAAUGGAUUUGGUUUUAAGCAGAGUGACCUUGACGUCUGCAUGACAAUUAACGGACAUGAAACUGCUGAGGGGUUGGACUGUGUAAGAACUAUUGAAGAAUUGGCAAGAGUCCUUAGAAAACAUUCAGGUCUGAGAAACAUCUUACCUAUUACAACAGCAAAGGUGCCAAUUGUGAAGUUCUUCCAUUCAAGAAGUGGUCUGGAAGUAGAUAUCAGUUUGUAUAACACAUUGGCCCUUCAUAACACAAGGCUUUUAUCUGCUUACUCAACCAUUGAUCCCAGAGUGAAAUAUCUGUGCUAUACCAUGAAAGUAUUUACAAAGGUGAACCAUUUGAUAGAAUCACUGGCAGGCAGUAAAGACAGGAAAGCAAGUCUUUCUGUGGAAGCAAGUGAGUGGGAACUAGUAGAAAUAUUAUUAGGAAAAGGCGCACAAGUCAAUAAAAUGUGGCUGGUAGAGAAGAGGAAACGUGGCACAACACAUCAAGGGAACACGGAUUUGGCAGAAAAACCUAGCAACUGCUAUCAACACUCUCACCCUACAUGACAGUAAGUGCUCCUCACAACUCUCUGCUGAGAGUCCCAACCUGACACUCUCAGUGCCUUCCCACAGUGCCCUGAAUUUCAGCGAAUGUUCCAACUUGAACAUAAAGCCUCAUUAUUUUUAAAAUGAUUGAUCUCUCUGGUGUAAAUCUAUUUGACAACUAUUUGGUGAAACUUUCAGAGAUUACACUGCCUUCUUAGGCUUCAAACGAGAGUGAGAAGUCAGGUAUAGACUACCUAAAGUCAUUCGUCAGAGCUACCUUUCAUUAAUGUACACCUUCAGCAGUAAUCUUUUUAAAAUUAUCAUUCUGUAGCAUGGUCAUAGAUACCAAAGAACGCAGUGUACUUCCUUUGUGAAUUGACAUUGAAUAAGUGAUUAUUCUUUUCAAUGAUUUGGUCUAGUUCACUUAGGACCAAGACAGGAGGCAUCAAGCUGAGAACCAUCGAGUUUCCCACCCAGCUCAUUGAAGCAGAAAUCCUUCAAGGACUUACUCUCUGAAAAACAGGUUAGGGAGUAGCCUCUGCAUCACGUUGCCCUGUAUAGAAGGAAAUUCUGAAAUCCUUCACACUGAAGUUUUUAAACCGUGGGUAAUAACACUUUGCUGCAAAAUGUCUAUAAUACAAUCCAUUUUACCUGCCUUUUGCUGCCUACUGAAGGACAUGACUGUUAGAGGCAUACUUGCUAUAUACUGCCAUUCUUUACCAAGGAUGUGAAGGAGAGACUGGCCAUACUCGCAUAGGUCUGAGUAAUACCAAGUUCCCUACACAAAGAUGCCCAAGCCCAACUGAAGAAGGGAGGUACUCAGUACUACUCGACCUCCAUCCAGCUUUACCAUUAACAGGAUGAAUGCUGAGAUCCUUUCUUAAUGGUCAGAACUUAGAACUUUGACAAGGAGAAAGGAAUGACCGGGAUGUACAAAUCACCAAUGUUUCUGUAACCUAACAGGCAGAAUGUAAGAUAUAUCACUUCUCUAAAAAAAUGAAAACUGAGACAAGACUGGCAACCCAGCUGCAAGUAGUGCUGUAGUGACGGGGCUGGGCUUGUCAAAAAAGGGAACACAGAUCAUAGAACUACAGAAACAGAGCUAAAAGGCCUUCCAAUUAAAUAUGAUAGAAGGAACUCUACAUUUAUCUCUACUCCUUUCCAAACUCCAUUUAAAAGACAGUAAGUGAAACAGCAAAAGGAACUGGGGGUGUACACACAAGGAACAGAGAGAAAGGAGACAACAGUGGAUAAGAGAUGCACAGAAAAUCUGGAGAUGCAAAUUAGGUGGCUAUAGACAUAAAGUAGAGAAGUAACAACUGCAAGAAGAAUGGGAAGCCAGCACAUAUGCGGAAAAAGGAAUGCCAAGGGCUGGAAGCAGCAGGUAUUUCUGAAAACAUAAGCACACGCGUGCACACCAGUUAUAGUCCUUUUAUCUCAUACAGGCAGUCCACUCUUCCACACCUGGAAGAACAGAGGGACUUCAUACUGUAGACAACUGGAUUAGGCACACCCCAGUACUAAAAAGUACAAGACAUGUAGAUGGAAAGGGCGGAAAAGGGGUACUAUUCUGAGUUAACAAAAGAUAAAACACUUGUUAGCAUUUUAGGGUCUCACCCAUUUAAAUAUCCUUUCCUGACCACGUUAAGGUAAGGUUCACCUAGAAACAAGCCUGCUCUCUACGAAUACAAGGCUUUAAAUCAGCUGUUUAGGGCUUUAACUAUAAAUUACUCAUCAAGAAUAAAAACAGAAAAACAUUCCUAAGAAUAAAGGCGUAAACAAUAAAAUAUGAAGAACCAGAAACUGAGGUGAGAUCAAAGACAGCAGAAGAACGUGUAUCCAUGCAUCUGUGAAACAAGAUGGGGAUUUUUUUUUUUAAAUGAACAAGUUCUUAGAAUUUAAAUUAAAAAGGUAAAAACAAAUUUUAAAAUUCAAAAAACUGAAUUAUAAAAUUAAAACUAAAGAAAUAUCCCAGAUCAAAGGUGAGAAACAGAAUGAAAAGGGCAGUAAAAGGUCUUAAAUGAGAGCUACAGUUACAAAAUUCACAGAUCUAACUUUUGAAAAACAGGAAUUUGAGGAGAAAAGUACAAAUAAACUCGUUAAGGAAAAAAAAUAUAUUUCCCACAGGACUGAAAGUUGUGAGCUUCCAGAAUGGAGUAGACUAGUCAAUGAACAACACAACAAAUUCAGACUUGCAAGAAAAUAUUUUUAAGGUAUUUCAGAACACUAAGGACGAGGAUAAGAUAGUAAACCCUGUAGAAAGGAAGAAAACCACACGUAAAGCACUAUGAUUCAGAAUAGCACGGGGCUUCUCAAUAACCUGGAGGAGACAAGAGCAGUACCUUCAGACCUUGCAGGAAAAAGAUCGUGCACCUAUAAUUGCACACACACACAGUCUGGCCUUCUAUCUACUGGAAGGGUGUGAUCAUGGUAUUAGAAAGAUUGAAGGACAAAGAAUAGGCGAUUAUCCAAUCCAGGGAAAACAAACUUGAAUCAAAAGGAAACAAAACCACCUAACUCUGUGUAAACAAUAUUGCGUAAUUGUGGGUUUUUUUGAGAGAAGAGAGAAUUUUUUUAAUAUUUAUUUUUCAGUUUUUCAGUGGACAUAACAUCUUUUAUUUUUAUGUGGUGGAGGAUCGAACCCAGUACCACACGCAUGCCAGGCGAGCGUGUUACCACUUGAGCCACAUCCCCAGCCCAAUUGCAUAACUGUAAUGACAAAACAAAUAGGAGGAAUACAAACAGAAAAAGGAAAGCAUUUCCAUAAAAGCAUACCAAGAAUGAUCUAAAAUUGCAAUAUUAACAAGCCUAAUAUUAAGAUAAUAAAAAUCAUGAAAGUUGUCUGUUUUUAUGAAGGCAGGUAUUUAAAGAUGAAGAAAGGAGGCCAUGAAUAGUUGUCUACUAUCAGUCUUAAAUUGCCUGGUUUCAACUGUGUUCAUACAUUACAUCAUUUUUAAAAAUUAAGAGGGGAUCAUGUCCCUCUGGACUCCUGUAUUUUACAACAGCACCUCACUUCUUUUUUUUCAAUAACAACUUUCUAUAGGGAAAAGACCAACUGACUUGCAGAAAGUUCUUAUUUUCUUCAUGGCUAUUUAAAUUGUCUUUCUAAUUCCUGUUUCAACUAUAGAAGUUUGGCCGAAAAGUGAUAGAUCCAGAGUGAACAAUUCUAGCACAAUUACUCCUCAGGGCACUGAAAUACCAGGUCCUUCAUGCUGCAUCACAUCAGAAAACAGACAUGCGAUGUCAGGCUAUUGGACUAUAAGUGAUGCCAGCCUGGCUAAGGUGGCUAGGAAAAUGGCAGUCAGACCUUGCCUUUAUAAAUGUAAAUUUCACCUUUAAAAAUAAAAGAAAAAUAGUCGCUGGGAUAAUGCUUUACUAUAUUGCUUUACCAUUAAUUUUUCAUCUGAUUUUAGUACUAUUAAUGACUGCAUGAUAAUUAUUUCACGGUGAAUUGCAAAACAGGUGUCUACUUUCAUAAAAAAUAUUUUCUAGAAAGGACAAGAGACAGACAAGGAAAGAAAAAAUGGAUAAGGAGCUUUCCUGUUUAAGUAUCUCAUCUUGCAAAUAAGAAAAUUAAUGACAAGAGGUUAAAUGACUGAAGUUACAAAGGCUUAGAACAGGCCUGCUGACUUUCCCUUCCUGCUCUUUCAAGUGUUGUAAGCAACGUGAAUUCUUUUCCAGAUGUAAAAAUUGUAUUAUAUGCUAGAUUUUUAAAAAGGAUUAAAGGAAUGACUGUUACCUGA